AGCUCUACUCUGCCACCGCCGUGGAUUACAAGAGGUACCGUGGGUAUGGUUAUGUAGCCAGACAUAACUGAUGAUCGAUUAAAGACCCGCUCUACAUAUCAGAAGACAAAGAUAAACCGUGGAUUUUACCGGCUUGUAUCGACUACAUCGCGAAAGUUAACGUAGUUCUUAGAGGAUUUACUUAGAUUGUCAUCUAGCUACUUUACUCUUCAAGGCUAGAGGAGCCAGCUAGCUUUAAGUAGUUAUCAUAUAACGGCUGUGGAUAUUCCAACAGACAUUUCUGAGUGUGUUAUCAGUCGGAGUGGAGCUCCCCUUUUAAACAGAUACUACUUAGCUUUAUGAUAAUGGAGAGGAAGAGGAUGGAUUGCCCGGCUCUUCCACCGGGCUGGAAGAAAGAAGAGGUGAUCCGGAAGUCGGGUCUCAGUGCUGGCAAGAGCGAUGUUUAUUACUACAGUCCCACAGGUAAGAAAUUCAGGAGCAAACCCCAGCUUUCCCGUUACCUUGGCAACACAGUGGACCUAGCAUGUUUCGACUUCCGUACGGGCAAGAUGAUGCCCAGCAAGCUCCAGAAGAACAAGCAGAGACUACGCAGCGAGAACCUCAGCCUGUCAAAGGGUAAGCCUGACCUGAACACAGCACUUCCAAUCAGACAAACAGCUUCCAUAUUCAAACAGCCUGUCACCAAAGUGGUCAACCAUCCCAACAACAAAGUCAAGACAGAUUUACAGAGAGCAACGGAGCAACCUAGACAGCUGUUUUGGGAGAAGAGGUUAAAAGGCCUAAGGUCACUGGAUGUCACAGAACAAGUCCUCAGGACAAUGGAGCUUCCCAAAGGUUUACAAGGCGUGGGUCCAGACUCGUCAGACGAGACACUGCUGUCAGCCAUCGCCAGCGCCCUACACAUGAGCUCGGCCCCGAUCACGGGUCAGACGUCUACAGCGGCGGAGAAAAACCCGGCCAUCUGGCUCAACACGGCCCAGCCGCUCUGCAAGUCCUUCAUCGUUACUGACGAUGACAUUAGGGAGCAGGAGCUGAAGGUACACCAGGCCAGGAGAAGUCUGGAGGAGGCUUUGAUAGCCGAUGGUUUGGCGAGAGCAGCUGAGACCACACGCGAUAUAGAGGGGAAAGCCGCAUAGGGAUCCUAGGCAGUCCUCUAUGCACUGGCCUCAGACUUCGCCCUGCUGUGGAUGAGCUGGAGACGAUCUCCACAUUAGAAUCAGCGGACCCAAUGCACAAACGUCGUGUCCUCUCCCAAAUAGCUUUAACCAAGGCCUUUUUUUGACUAUAGCAUAUUUCUGAUGUACAUAUUGAUAUAUAUCAUUCAGAACACUGCUUAUUUUGUGUCAAUAAAUUUGAAAAUUUAAGUAUUCUUUUUAUAAAGGCAAAUACAGAGCAAUACUAUUUGAACUUCCAGGAACUUCAGGUUGCAAUCUGCUGGAUUUGUAUUUUUAACUGUCUUUUUUUUUUUUUUUUUUGUCUGUUUAUGGUGUUGUUGGUUGUAAGGGAUUUGUUCUUUGCAGGGUUUGUAACAAAUGAUUAAUGCAUUUACAUAUGAAUGAGACGGCUUAUUUAAGAAAAGAAUUUUAUACCUUGAGAGAGAAUACUUUAACAUUUCUUGCUUCACUUUAGAGUAAAUAAAUGAAUAUAUUCACUAGACUCCUGGGCGUUCAUAAUUCACAUGAUGUGAUUCCACGUGAUUUUAAUACACACAUAAAUAGACACACACACACACACACACACACAUGCUUUGGGCACUGUCCAAUUCAGUCAGCACAACAGCCUUAGAUUUGAUUCAAACUGUUGAAUGGAUCACUGUUUUGAUGAGCCAGAAUGAAGACAAGUAAUGUUUGCUCUUAGAGACAGGAAGUACCGAUAUAGUCAGUUGUAUUACUGUGCAGCAGUGGCUGUCUGAACUACGGUGCCCAGUGUGUAGUCUUGGAGCUUUCUGUGAGAGUCAGGGGCAUGGGCUGCAGUUGCAGAAGCUGAUCUGAUUGGGCAGUUCAAUCUCACAGAGAAAAAUGUGGUAGAUCUGGAAUGGUAAUGCUUCCCCCACAUUAUCACAGAGACAUUUGAGCUUUUUGGAAGUCAACGUGGAGUCAGAUGUGUUGAGAGAUUUAUCUGUGUACUGAACU